AUGGGUAACACAAUUUUAACAGGACGUUCGAAUGCGAUAGCUCCUAUUAUCAGUGCUGAAGACGCCAGAACUUACAUAUCCGAGGAGGAGUAUCGGAGAAUUCGACAGGCUUUUCAGAGAUUUAAAAACGGAUGUAUCAACUACGAUGAAUUCUGCUAUCAUGUUCUGGGGGGAGCACAAAUCCCCGAAGAGAAACGACGACUACUGUUUAGCUUCUUUUCUCGUGGAGCUGAAUCUAUUUCAUUCGACAAUCUUCUUUCAUCGCUGGUGGGAUUAUGCAGAGUUGAAGAAGUUCAAUCCAGGUUCAUUGAGGAGUAUCACGAAUUUGCUUCUUGGGGACUCAGCCCUCCAAAGCUCACUAUACCGCUCAAUGAUUCGUAUAUAUCUUUCUACGAGGUGAUGUCUUAUGUGACUCAUCUAUCAGUAAACGAAGUGAUAGAACUCGAGAAGGUGUUCGCUACAAUUAGUGAUCGUGCAGUCUGUAAGUUGAACGAAGACAAAUGGAAGCAAGCACUCGGAGGUUGCUUCCCUGACAGUUAUGCUGAAAGAUUAUUCGCUGUAUUUGAUGAAAACAGAGAUGGACAAAUCGAUUUCAGAGAACUUGUAUGCACACUUUCAGCUCUUUGUAGAGGACCUCACCCUGGGAGGAUUUCACAACUAGCCAGAAUUUGGGAUGUGGAUUGUGACAAACUAUUAUCAGAUGAGGAACUCUCGAAUAUGUACAAAGAUUUAGAAGUUCCAGUUGAACAUCAAACAGUUACUAAAUCUGCGAAUGGAAAAGCAGCUCUUGUUGAUUUUGGGAUAUGGGCACAAGAAAAUGAGAAAUACAUCAGCGAGUACUAUUCUAUGGCUCUCCAAAUCGGGCAUAUCUGUCUUGGUUUGAGACCGGAAUCAAGGAAAAUGGAACUUCAAAUUGUCAACGAAUUCGAGGCUCGUGCAUCAAUUCUGCCUCUAACUGAAUGGAAUAUAGUCUCUUCUGGAUGGCACUCGGAGUUCCGAACACUUCUGGAAGCUGACAAAAGUCCGAUGCCAAUCGACAAUUCUGGAAUCAAAGGAACAAGAGAAGACAGUUGGACAAGCAGAGUUGCUUGCAUCUCAGCUGAAUCAGCUCGUUUGAAACCAGAUCUUGUUCCUUCUGAUUACAUUCGUGUUCCUGUUCCUCUUUGGAGAGCAUGGCUCCGAUGGCAUGGAUGUGCAUUGACAGUUGAUUCGCAGUUUACUCGAAAAUAUCUGGAUGGUGAAUUCUUUGAAGACAACAAGCCCGCUCUUGAACUUUACCCUCUUGAAAUUCUUCUUCUUGGUCAUGAUCGUAAAAAGAGUCACGAUGGGUCGGAAACAACACCACGAUCAUUAACUCCAUGGGCUUGUGCACAAGUAUCUCGAAGUAUGACUGUCGAUGAAUUACUCUCAUUAUGCAAAACAGAACUUCGUCUUGGUGAUGGGGAUGCGAGAUUAUGGCAAGUAGUUAAAGAAAAUGAAGAAGGAAAUGUUCUGCUGGAUGAUGGAAAUCAAAAUCUUCAUCAAUUAUACACAUCACUAGGAAAAACGAAAAAGGUGAACAAAAUGAAGUUGCUGUUAGAAGUACGUGAGCGAGGAACCGGAGUUUGGCCCGAAGAGUUAAGAGCAUCUCUUACCGGGAAACAAAUCACUGCUGCAUCCACAUUGUCUUCAUCGAAUGCUCAGUUAUCAGGUCGUCCAGGAGCUGUUGGCCUCGUAAAUUAUGGAAACUUCUGUUACCGUAAUGCUGGAAUUCAGUGUCUCGCAAGAGUCUCGCCAUUGACACAGUACUUCCUGGAAGAUGAGCACUUGGAAGAUAUCAAAAAGGCAAAUACUCGGAGAAAAGAUGCUAUAGAGACUACAAUUGAGUACGCAAAACUUUUGAGAGAAAUGUGGGCAGCGAAGAAGAAGAAUAUUGCACCGAAUGAUUUCAAUGAUGCGAUUCGAAUGAAUUCCGACAUGUUCGAAUGCAGCGAGCAACACGAUUGUCAAGAAUUUGUUGCUUUUCUGCUUGAUCAGCUUCACACAUCGAUGUAUGAAGCGAAUAAAACUCUCCAUCCACCACCACCACCUGAUGAAGACAAAAAAGAAGUGACACGCGACUUAAAAGACGAGUCCGACGAAGAGAAGGCUGAACGAUCGUGGACUGAAUACGAGAAACAAAACGAUUCUCUUGUCACAGAACUGUUCACUGGACAACUCCGUUCUCGUUUAAUCUGUCGGACAUGUCAAUCCAGUUCCAGUGUCUUCGAGCCAUUCACAUCGCUUUCACUACCAAUUGGUUUCGAAGAUGUUGAUUUGUAUCAAGUUAUUGUUGUUCAUCGUGAUGGUCGAAUCCCUCGUCGAUAUGGCUUCAGACUAUCUCGUGACUCCAAAAUCGGACAUCUUCGUGAAGUUGUCGCAGCAUCCAGCGGUAUAUCAAUGUCUCAUAUCACAAUUCAAUGCAUGUCGAGUAAAGGAACACUGAUGAGUCGAUCACCGAAUCAUAAAAGUUCCAAUUUGAGAGAUGAGUAUCCAUUAAGCUCUUUCCCCUCUGGUGCUCGUUUAUAUGCUCUCGAAUUACCGGAGAGUACAGGAGAAAAUGAAUGGAGAGUUGCUAUGCAUAGGAAACUACAAUACAAUCACGAGCCCCAUAUUCUUGGAUCUACAGCUGGUUUCAUUGUUUCCCGUUUUGGACUUCCCUUGAUUGUUGGACUCGAUGAACACGUGACCGGGAAGAAGUUAUAUGAAGAUGUAAUGUAUCAAAUGCAUCGAUUCAUGGAACACUCAGUGAACUCAUUUUCAAGUAGAGCUCAUGAUCCAUGUGAAGAUGAUGCAUCUGGGUUCCCUUUUACAUUAUGUCUAGUUGAUCAAAACUAUGAAUGGUGUGGACAGUGCCCAGCCCUUCGAUUCUGUAGAGGUUGCCCGAUACGUCCAGACGAAGGGAAAGUUUUCAUUCCUGCCAACUGUCCAAUUGCUGUAGAUUGGCUACCUAUCGCUCUUUAUCUUCGAUAUAAUCAUUCUCAAGAACAAGCAUGCGAAGAUGAUCCAUCUGUGGCUGAAACAUGGUCGAGACAUUUUGCACCGAGUUCUCUUGAACAUUGUAUCGAGAAGUUUUCAUGUCCGGAGACACUCGAUGCCGCUAUUCAAUGUGAUCGAUGUGAAAAGAAAACGAUGAGAGAUAAAGUAAUGACAAUAUGGAAGCUUCCAAAAUAUCUGAUAAUUCACUUAAAACGAUUCGAGUUUCUUCGAGAACAAGGUCGUAUGGGAAAAUGCAAGAGGACUGUUAACUUCCCAUUAAAACAUUUCGAUCCAGCUCCAUUUGUUGAUAAACCGGAUGGAAACACAUAUGAAUGCAUUGCACUAGCGAAUCACUACGGUCAAUUAUCAUGUGGACAUUUCAUUGCAUAUGCGAAAAGUAACGAAGACAAAUGGCUUCUACUUAAUGAUUGUUCCGUUAGAGAAGUAUCCGAAGAAGAAGUCGACAAACAAGGCGCCUAUCUUCUGUUUUACGAGCGAAAAGACGUCAAAUAA